GGGGCGUUUCAGGAUUUGCAUGCAGAGUAUAAUUGGGAAAACAGUGAGUCUUCAAUGCAGCAAUAACUUACUGCUAAUCAAAACUGCAAAAUGAGUUCCUCUGAGGGGAAGACCAUUACCGUUAUUGGCAGGUGAGCAGAAGCCUCACAUUUCACGAGUUUUAUCUGUCAAAAAAAUAUUGCUCCAGCAACAAACGUUAGCUAGCGUUAUGUGCUAAUGCACGUGAUUUUCGAGCUGAGCAGUGUCAGCUGAUCAGUAACUAAACAAAUUAGUUCAUUUUCAUGACACUGAACAUUUGGCGUUACAGAUAUUGUAUUCAUAUUUGUUGUGCAUGUGUCAAGACAAGAGAGAAAAGCCUUUGUAUUUUCUAGCCUAUAACGUAACUCACUGAAUGUGCCAUAUCAGAAUGUAGUGCUAGUAGCCAUAGGCAUAUCAUGUAAUGUAAUCUGAAUUUAAAUGUAUUUUUGUCUAGAUUCAAAUGUAGAAUGUAAUAUAAUAGUGUUUCCAAACGUAUAUGGUCAUCAUAUGGCUAUUUUGAUGACGCCGACAGUUUCUUUCAAGAACAGGCAUCACUUUUUUUUGUUGCCUUUGUUUUCUUAUUCCUGCCUCCUUCUCUAGUCACCAUGUCUGGACAAUCCUGAAGGAUGUUGAGUGCACAAAAAUGUCUGCUCUGUCACUGUUGAACCAUGCCACCCUUUUUUUGGAAUUAGAGCCACAAAUGCUUGUCAUACAACAAGGUUUACAUUUUGGUUCAUGAUUAAAUUAACAUGUUCACCUUUGGACUGACCCCCAAAUCGAGGAUCACUCCUAUUAUGGGCAUCGAAAGUCACAUUUACAUAAUUUAGCAGUCACCACCCCCUUUCAAAAUGCCUUACAGCCUGAAAUGAAAGCACAUAAAAUCAGACUUUUUCCAGGUUUAUUUACACAGUAACCCACAAUAUCCAAGUGGAAAACAAAUAAAAAAAAAAACUUUGAAAAUUAAUACUAAUUAAAACAGUAAAAUACCCUAUUUGGAUAAGUGAACACCCCCGAGUUAAUACUUGGUGGAACCAUCUUUUGCUUGAAUUACAGCCAUGAGUCUCUUUGAAUACGUCUCUACUAACUUUGCCCACCUAGACUGUGCAAUAUUUACCCACCUAGACGUUGCAAUAUUUGCCCAUUCUUCCUUGCAGAAUUGAUGAAGCUCAGUCAAAUUGCAUGGUGACUGCUCAUGGACCGCACUCAAGUCGUUCCACAGAUUCGAUGGGAUUUAGGUUGGGGCGCUGACUAGGCCACUCAAGGACAUUCACCUUCUUGUCCUUCAGCCACUGUACAGUUGCUUUGGCGGUGUGCUUUGGGUCAUUGUCAUGUUGAAACGUGAACCAUCUUCCCAUUUUCAACUUCCUGGCAGAGGGCUGCAGGUUCUCCUCAAUAAUCUGCAUACAUUUCCCAAUGGGUGGCCCCAGAGGGAAUCAAACCCACCACCCUAGUGUUACAAGUGCCAUGCUCUAACAACUGAGCCACACAGGACUACUUGGUGGUUAGGGAUUUUAUUUCUCAUCAAAAAGUAUACGCAGACUUGUUAAAAUGCCAGGUUUUUGUGAUGUAAAAGAAUGAGACAAAGAUAUGUCAGAACGUUUUCCACUGUUAAUAAUGUGAACAAUUCAAUUGAAAAACAAACUGAAAUCUUCGAGGGGGAAAAAUAAAAACCUUACAAUAACCUGGUUGCAUAAGUGUGCACAUGCUCUUAUAACAGGGGAUGUGGAGGUGUUCAGAAUUAACCAAUCACAUUCAAACUCAUGUUAAAUAGAAGUUAUUACACACCUGCCAUCAUUUAAAGUGACUGAUUAAUCACAAAUAAAGUUCAGCUGUUCGAGUAGGAUUUUCUUGACAUUUUCUUAGUUGCAUCUCAGAGAAAAAGCCAUGGUCCGCAGACAGCUUCCAAGGCAUCAGAGGGAUAUCAUUGUUGAAAGAUAGGAGUCAGGUGAAGGGUACAAAAUAAUUUCCAAAGCAUUACAUAUACCAUGGAACACAGUGAAGACAGUCAUCAUCAAGUGGAGAAAAUAUGGCUCAGAGACAUUACCAAGAACUGGACGUCCCUCAAAUUUAUGAAAAGAUGAGAACUGGUCAGGGAGGCUUCCAAGAACAUUAAAGGAACUGCAGGAAUUUCUAGCAAGUACUGGCUGUGUGCUACAUGUGACAACAAUCUCCCGUAUUCUUCAUAUGAAUGGGGUAGGGUGGCAAGACAGAAGCCUAUUCUUACAAAGAAACAUCCAAGCCCGGCUGAAGUUUUCAAAAACAAACAUCAAGUCUCCCAAAAGCACGUGGGAAAAUGUGUUAUGGUCUGAUGAAACCAAGGUUGAACUUUUUGGCCAUAAUUCCAAAAGGUAUGUUUGGCACAAAAACACUGCACAUCGCCCAAAGAACACCAUACCCAGAGUGAAGCAUGGUGGUGGCAGCAUCAUGCUUUGAGGCUGUUUUUCUUCAGUUGGAACCGGGGCCUUAGUCAGGGUGGAGGGGAAUUAUGAACAGUUCCAAAUACCAGGCAAUUCUGGCACACAAACUUCAGGCGUCCAUUAGAAAGCUGAAGAUGAAGUUCACCUUUCAGCACGACAACGACCCAAAGCACACAUCCAAAUCCACAAAAGCAUAGCUUCACCAGAAGAAGUUAAAUGUUUUGGAAUGGACCAGUCAGAGCCCAGACCUGAAUCCUAUUGAACAUCUCUGGGGUGUUCUGAAGAGGGCUGUGCACAGGAGAUGUCCUCGCAAUCGGACAGAUUUGGAGCACUUUUGCAAAGAAGAGUGGGCAAAUAUUGCCACGUCAAGAUGUGCCAUGCUAAUAGACUCCUACCCAAAAAGACAGUGCUGUAAUAAAAUCAAAAGGUGCUUCAACAAAGUAUUAGUUUUAAGGGUGUGCACACUUAAGCAACCAGGUUGUGAGUUUAUUUUUCCCCCUCAAAGAUUUUUGUUUUUCAAUUGAAUUGUUCACGUUAUAGGUCACAUUAAAGGUGGAAAAAGUGUUGUCACAUGUAGCACACAGCCAGUACUUGACAGAAAUUCCUGCAGUUCCAUUGUUGCUGUAGGCCUCUUGGAAGCCUCCCUGACCAGUUCUCGUCUUUUAAAUUGGAGGGACGUCCAGUUCUUGGUAAUGUCUCUGUUGUGCUAUAUAUUUUCUCCACUUGAUGAUGACUGUCUUCACUGUGUUCCAUGGUAUAUGUAAUGCUUUGGAAAUUAUUUUGUACCCUUCUCCUGACUAAUAUCUUUCAACAAUGAUAUCCCUCUGAUGCCUUGGAAGCUGUCUGCGGACCAUGGCUUUUUCUCUGAGAUACAACUAAGAAAAUGUCAGGAAAAUCCUACUAGAACAGCUGAACUUUAUUUGUGAUUAAUCAGUCACUUUAAAUGAUGACAGGUGUGUAAUGACUUCUAUUUAACAUGAGUUUGAAUGUGAUUGGUUAAUUCUGAACACAGCCACAUCCCCAGUUAUAAGAGGGUGUGCACACUUAUGCAACCAGGUCAUUGUAAGGUUUUUAUUUUUCAUUUUUCCUUCUCGAAGAUUUCAGUUUGUUUUUCAAUUGAAUUGUUCACAUUAUAGGUCACAUUAACAGUGGAAAAAGUUCUGACGUGAUUUAUCUUUGUCUCAUUCUUUUACAUCACAAAAACAUGGCAUUUUAACAGGGGUGUAUAGACUUUUUAUAUCCACUGUAGCCAUUCCGGGGCAAUCCAAAUAUCCCUCGGGGUACAGUAAAGAUUGAUGAAUGUUGACUCUGUUGUUCUGUGUGUGUUUCAGUGGGCUGAUUGGGCGCUCCUGGGCCAUGGUGUUUAUGAGUGGGGGCUACAGAGUGAAGAUCUAUGACAACCAGCCAGGCCAGGCUGCCAGGGCCAUCCAGGAGGUCAGGUGAGUGCUGGAAAACAAGGCGAAACAUUACCAAAAUAUAUCAUAACCGCAUCGACUCAUACAUGGUCCUCUGUAGCUCAAUUGGUAGAGCAUGGCGCUUGUAAUGCCAGGGUAGUGGGUUCGAUCCCCGGGACCACCCAUACGUAAAAAUGUAUGCACACAUGACUGUAAGUCGCUUUGGAAAAAAGUGUCUGCUAAAUGGCAUAUUAUUAUUAUUAUUACAUAACAUGCAUGACCAAAAUACCCCUCUGUCCUCUUUUCCACUCACACCGAAGACACACCAAAAAACAUGAUCAAAUGUUAUUUGCCACAUGCGCCGAAUACAACAGGUGUAGACAUUACAGUGAAAUGCUUACUUACAAGCCCUUAACCAGCAAUGCAAUUUUGUAAGUUUUUAAAAUAUAUUUUUUAAAGUGGUAAGUAAAAAAAAAUUAAGCAAAUAACUAAAGAGCAGCAGUAAAAUAAAAUAACAGUAUGGAGGCUAUAUACAGGGGGGUACCAGUGCAGAGUCAAUGGGCGGGGGCUCCGGCUAGUCGAGGUAAUUGAGGUAAUAUGUACAUGUGGGUAGAUGACGAGAUGACACAGCGCUUUAGGUGAACAUGGGCCUCUUCCCUGUGGUGUUUCUAUUAUAUGUAACAAAAUGUAACUUUAACCCAGUGUAUUUUGAGCUCAAGGUUCUGGAAGAUGGGAAAAGGUUCUUAGAGUGACAUUUGUAAUAAUAAUGAAUAGUUGAUUGGAUAAUAAUAUUUCUACCAACUGAGCUACUCAAAGCGCUUUACAUAGUAAGGGGGGAAUGCACCUCAUCCACCACCAAUGCGGGGACCAUUUUUGUGCCAGAAUGCGCACUGCACGUCAGCUAACAGGUGGAGAGGUGAGGAGUGAUAUAUGCCAAUUAGGAAUGAGUGGUGCAGCGGUCAAAAGCACUGCAUCUUAGUGCUAGAGGCGUCACUACAGACCCCGGUAUCACAAUCCGGCCGUGAUUGGGAGUCCCAUAGGGCGGUGCACAAUUGGCCCAGCGUCGCCGGGAUAGGCCGUCAUUGUAAAUCAGAAUUUGUUCUUAACUGACUUGCCUAGUUAAAUAAAGGUUAUAUAUAUAUUUAUUAGGUGGCCAUGAUGGAAUGGGGCCAUGUUAGGAAUUUAGCCAUGACAUUGGGGUUAACGCACCAUUUGUAGGGAGAGGACUACUAGCCUAUUCCAGAAAUGCUCCGUUAUGAUUCAUUUAGAAGAGUUUCACAUCCAGCAUCAUACAGACACUUUGAGGUUGGGCACUAAAAAUAUUCCAAACAAUCUGCUAGUCGAAUAAAUAGCUAUUUGCUACUGUAUAUCCUAACUGUUUGAGACACUGUAUGUCUUGUUUGCUUCAAGUCUAUACCAGUACUUCCCAACAGAUAUGUGAAGUAUGUCAAACAUCUGGUGGUCCCAGAGGAGAGGGUUUGGAAACCUUGUUCUAUAUACCAUACUGUUUUGCAAUGUAUAAUGAGAUUUCCUCAACUGCACAUUGGUUAAAUAAAAUAAACCUUUUUGGACUUUAGGGGGCAUUCUUGAUCUUUUAUUUUCUACAGGUAACUGCCAAAAUAAAGGAAACACCAGUAUUAAAGCCUGGUUCACAUUUGCAGUUUGAAGUGACUCAAAUCCAAUUUAUUUGCAUAUCUGAUUUGAAAUUUGUGAAUGUGCUAGAAAGCUAAACAGCUACAUAGCUAUCUAAUUGACUGCUGUGGCUAGCCUAAAAUGACUUGUUUUGAAAGUUGGAUCAUGUUAUCCUUACCCCUAUGAUUUUGAACAUUCAAAGCAACUGGGAAACACCCAUGGCAGGCAUUGUCACCUUAGCUUGCUACAUAACUUCUGAGCGACAGGAAGCACAAGCACCACCACCAAUCAGCCUACACCACUGCACACACACCUGUUGUUACUAUGACAACUAGCGUAGCCUUGUCAGCAAAUUACUGCUGUCUGAACACACACAAAUCCGAUUUGGUCACUUGUAACUUGCUGUUUGGACAGUCAGUAGAUCAAAACGGAUUUGAAAAACAAAACUGAUUUGAGCAUUAAGGCCUGCAGUGUGAACAAGGCUAAAAGUGGAACUGACAGCAUUUUAGCAACAUGAAAUGUUAUUCAAAUCUGUUCAUAUAAACCCCCAGGAAGAAUAUGACAACUUUUUAUUUAUUUUCUGACAAGCGAGCACUUAGAUAUAGUCCUUUUCACGUUUUCAUAAAUUCUUAGAAUACUAAGGCAAAUUCUAUAGCAAUAUAGAGUGGGAAAGCAGCCAUGUGUUUGGACAAUUAAUAGACACUGCAGUAAAUAAAACCUAAUAAAAACAUCUGUCUCGUCCAGGACCAGAGUCUACGCAGCCGGUGCACCAUAGCCAAUCGGAGCUUCAGUAGGCCUUUAUGCAAAUAAGCCAUUUGCCACACGGGCCUGCCAUCAUUCAAUUUGAACUGGACUGUGUGUUUACAGGCAGUAGCAACAGUGUGACUUUAGAUCAUUAGAACGCAUUCGCAAAAAGUCACAAAAUUGGAUUUCUGUAAAUACCACGGGAGUCCUCAUACAUUUGGGAACUUUACAGUCCUAUUGAUCAAACAACCAUGAACAGGUAGGCUCUCUCUCCCUCAGUUAUGCACAUCAACAACAAGAUCAACAACUAAUGCUAGCUAAAGCGAGAUGAGCUCAAAUCUAACGAGGGAAUAUUCGAUAAACCCUCAAACUUUUUCAGCUAGUUGGCCGUCAAAAUUGCACUUAUAAACGAUGGGGAAUAGUAGCCUGCUCAUCCAUCUACAGCUUGCCUGCCAAUGCAUGCUUGUCCCAACCAAGCACCCAAGCUAACUAGCUAAAGUUGGCUAGCUUCUAGCUAGCUACUUCCAGACACAAAUGAGAGAACAUCUCACUCUGACCAUUUUACUCAGCCUUGCAGAGCUGGUUAGGCUGUUUACAUGUAAUCUGGAGCUAGCUAGCAAAGCAAUUCGCAUUUCUUGCUAGCUAACCAAAUGACACCUACAUCUCUAGCUGUGUAGCAAAGAUUUGUAUAACUAACCCAAGAUAGACCACAGCCUGUCGUUUCCAAUGGGAACAAAUGAGUCAUAGUGGGCAGAACAAGCAAGGAAGUGGGCAGAGCCAAGCACAAGCUAGCGAGAUCCUAUUGGCACGUUCUAGCAAACAUUUGCAUAUUUCCGUUAGGGAACGCCUACUCUGUGAAGUGCGCAUGUGCAAUAACUCAAUACCCCUUUGUACUCCUAAACAACGCAAUUUUUUUUACACUUUGGCAAAGGGUAAAGUCUGCAAAACUUAGUCCACUCUGUUCAUAACAGAUUCUAGUUUUGGUUACAGAAAACUGUAUUAAGAUCAAAUAUUUCAUCGAUGAGAAAAUGUGCACAAUGUCAGCCAAAAUCCAUCUCGUUGCAUAUUCUCCCACUGCCGGCUACUGGGCUUUCUCUCACUACCAGUGGAUGCUUCACAUUUAUAUAUCCGGUGAAAUAUCUGUCUCAUUGUUCUAUCUGUGUAGCCACUGAAAAACUAUAUGAGGGGAAAAAGUCAGUCACUCACCCACCCACUUCUCCAAUGACAUUACAUCCUCCUAGCAGCUAGCUAGUGAUCUAGCUAACGUUAGGCUCCGUGUUUUUAGCUUGCUACAUAAAUAGAUACACUAGCCUAUUAGCCACGUGACUUGUGAUCAUUUCCCUUGCUAGUUUGAUUGUAUUGACAUUCCCAGCCUUAGUUACAUUUGUCAGUUUUUGUCCAAAAUUUGUCCAUUGAAACUGAAACAGUGCAUCCUAAAUGGAGGCAGCAAACAAUGUACUAGGCCAGCUGUGAUUUACAACCUGAUAGCAAUAUUUUUUUGGACUACCAAGAAAUGUAUUGGUGAAUUACAUUAAUCAUGCAUUGAACUGCAUCCAUCUAUUCUGCUGACAAUGCCUUACUGUACGUCUAUUUUGAAAACAUCUUAUGAAGUUGUUUUUGUAGCAUAAACUGGGAAUUUGAUAUUUUUGACUGAUAUUAUGAUUGUCUGUUUGUUUCAUAUCUGCAAAGUAGUUAAAACGCUGUCAGUUCCACUUUAAGUGUCUUAAUAGGGCAUUGGGCCACCACAAGCCGUCAGAACAGCUUCAAUGUGCCUUGGCAUAGAUUCUACAAGUGUCUGGAACUCUAUUGGAGGGAUGCGACCCCAUUCUUCCUCAAGAAAUUCCAUGAUUUGGUGUUUUGUUGAUGGUCUCAGGCACCACUCCAGAAUCUCUGUCACGAGAAUUUCUAUCUCUAAUUAAUCAAACUUAAUGCUCUGAAUAAUUCCCAGAGGGUGUAAGGCUCUGGUUUAAUCAUGAAUUAAACAAAGGUCCACAACCAGCAAGAAUGAUCUGUAUGUUUAAUCAUGGAGAGCUCUGCCGCCAAAAUACACAUAUACAGCUUUUAUACUUCACACAAAGGCACUUUGCUCCGCCCAUCUUUAGGAGGCCUUUAACCAGUUUCUCAGUCCCCUUCAUCCUGGAAUGUUUGUCUCAGCAGUUUCUAACUCACCCCCUCUGUUAGUGGGUUUAUAAUGAUAACCCUAACACAGUUCACACAGUCAUCAUCAGUAUUGGGGUUAACAAUUUUAGUCAUAAUCAUAAUUCCUCUAUCAGUCUACCCUUUGACUAAAUUUUUACACCCUUAGGAUAAAUGUAUUUACAAGCAUGACCAAUCUGAUCUUCAUACGUCAGAACUAAUAAACAUUUCAUCCAAUUGCGGUCUUUCAGGGUCAAAGUCCUCGUCAUCCACCAAGCCUGGAGGAUCAUUUUUCCCACUCCCCUGGUCAGAGUCCGGAGUCGGUCCAUCUCUCAUCAUUUGUUGAGAUACUGCAUUCACCAACGCCUUACUCACCAAUCCCCGGACACAGGGAACAAGACAACAAUCACAUAAUACAAGAAUACCCAUACAAACGCUGCUAUGGUUUUCCAUUUACCAGACAUUUCAUCAAACCACCCUAUCCACGAUGUACUAACUUCUGAGUUCUCAGCUCAUUCUUCACUUAGAGCAGUUAAUUCUGCAAGAGCUCUGGUGACCGUCCCAUCCGGUGUGGUGUUGUUAGGGAUAAAUGUGCAACAAUGGCUUACCAUUCUAUAGACACCGCCCCUUUCUGCCUGAUCUAGAGCCAACCUCUUUUCCUAAGUCAUGAGUGAGAUGGCGGAUAAUUGUUCAGAGAUCCCUUUUACUGCAUCCCUAGUCUGGCCAAUAAAUAAUUGUUGGUCGUAAUAGAUAUACAGUGGGGAGAACAAGUAUUUGAUACACUGCCGAUUUUGCAGGUUUUCCUACUUACAAAGCAUGUAGAGGUCUGUCAUUUUUAUCAUAGGUACACUUCAACUGUGAGAGACGGAAUCUAAAACAAAAAUCCAGAAAAUCACAUUGUAUGAUUUUUAAGUAAUUAUUUAGCAUUUUAUUGCAUGACAUAAGUAUUUGAUACAUCAGAAAAGCAGAACUUAAUAUUUGGUACAGAAACCUUUGUUUGCAAUUACAGAGAUCAUACGUUUCCUGUAGGUCUUGACCAGGUUUGCACACACUGCAGCAGGGAUUUUGGCCCACUCCUCCAUACAGACCUUCUCCAGAUCCUUCAGGUUUCGGGGCUGUCGCUGGGCAAUACGGACUUUCAGCUCCCUCCAAAGAUGUUCUAUUGGGUUCAGGUCUGGAGACUGGCUAGGCCACUCCAGGACCUUGAUGCUUCUUACGGAGCAACUCCUUAGUUGCCCUGGCUGUGUGUUUCGGGUCGUUGUCAUGCUGGAAGACCCAGCCACGACCCAUCUUCAAUGCUCUUACUGAGGGAAGGAGGUUGUUGGCCAAGAUCUUGCGAUACAUGGCCCCAUCCAUCCUCCCCUCAAUACGGUGCAGUCGUCCUGUCCCCUUUGCAGAAAAGCAUCCCCAAAGAAUGAUGUUUCCACCUCCAUGCUUCACGGUUGGGAUGGUGUUCUUGGGGUUGUACUCAUCCUUCUUCUUCCUCCAAACACGGCGAGUGGAGUUUAGACCAAAAAGCUCUAUUUUUGUCUCAUCAGACCACAUGACCUUCUCCCAUUCCUCCUCUGGAUCAUCCAGAUGGUCUUUGGCAAACUUCAGACGGGACAUGUGCUGGCUUGAGCAGGGGGACCUUGCGUGCGCUGCAGGAUUUUAAUCCAUGACGGCAUAGUGUGUUACUAAUGGUUUUCUUUGAGACUGUGGUCCCAGCUCUCUUCAGGUCAUUGACCAGGUCCUGCCGUGUAGUUCUGGGCUGAUCCCUCACCUUCCUCAUGAUCAUUGAUGCCCCACGAGGUGAGAUCUUGCAUGGAGCCCCAGACCGAGGGUGAUUGACCGUCAUCUUGAACUUCUUCCAUUUUCUAAUAAUUGCGCCAACAGUUGUUGCCUUCUCACCAAGCUGCUUGCCUAUUGUCCUGUAGCCCAUCCCAGCCUUGUGCAGGUCUACAAUUUUAUCCCUGAUGUCCUUACACAGCUCUCUGGUCUUGGCCAUUGUGGAGAGGUUGGAGUCUUUUUGAUUGAGUGUGUGGACAGGUGUCUUUUAUACAGGUAACGAGUUCAAACAGGUGCAGUUAAUACAGGUAAUGAGUGGAGAACAGGAGGGCUUCUUAAAGAAAAACUAAUAGGUCUGUGAGAGCCGGAAUUCUUACUGGUUGGUAGGUGAUCAAAUACUUAUGUCAUGCAAUAAAAUGCAAAUUAAUUACUUAAAAAUCAUACAAUGUGAUUUUCUGGAUUUUUGUUUUAGAUUCCGUCUCUCACAGUUGAAGUGUACCUAUGAUAACAAUUACAGACCUCUACAUGCUUUGUAAGUAGGAAAACCUGCAAAAUCGGCAGUGUAUCAAAUACUUGUUCUCCCCACUGUAAUUAAUCCAAUCCACAAUUUUGUUUAUUGUCACCCACCAAAAGAACGUGAUAGUAAAUCCUUCCCCUAAUUCUUUCAUAGCUUGGUAUCCAUCCGGUACCCCCCUUGAUACCCCAAUCGCAUCCAUCUAAAUAGGGCUAUUUGUCACGAGAAUUUCAAAUCAAAUCAAAUCAAAUCAAACUUUUAUUGGUCACAUGCGCCGAAUACAACAGGUGCAGACAUUACAGUGAAAUGCUUACUUACAGCCCUUAACCAACAGUGCAUUUAUUUUAAACAAAAAAGUAAGAAUAAAACAACAACAAAAAAGUGUUGAGAAAAAAAGAGCAGAAGUAAAAAUAAAGUGACAGUAGGGAGGCUAUAUAUACAAUAGAAUAAAGUGACAGUAGGGAGGCUAUAUAUACAGGGGGGUACCGUUGCAUAGUCAAUGUGCGGGGGCACCGGCUAGUUGAGGUAGUUGAGGUAAUAUGUACAUGUGGGUAGAGUUAAAGUGACUAUGCAUAAAUACUUAACAGAGUAGCAGCAGCGUAAAAAGUAUGGGGUGGGGGGGCAGUGCAAAUAGUCCGGGUAGCCAUGAUUAGCUGUUCAGGAGUCUUAUGGCUUGGGGGUAGAAGCUGUUGAGAAGUCUUUUGGACCUAGACUUGGCACUCCGGUACCGCUUGCCGUGCGGUAGCAGAGAGAACAGUCUAUGACUAGGGUGACUGGAGUCUUUGACAAUUUUGAGGGCCUUCCUCUGACACCGCCUGGUAUAGAGGUCCUGGAUGGCAGGGAGCUUUGCCCCUGUGAUGUACUGGGCCGUACGCACUACCCUCUGUAGUGCCUUGCGGUCAGAGGCCAAGCAGUUGCCAUACCAGGCGGUGAUGCAACCAGUCAGGAUGCUCUCGAUGGUGCAGCUGUAGAAUUUUUUGAGGAUCUGAGGACCCAUGCCAAAUCUUUUUAGUCUCCUGAGGGGGAAUAGGCUUUGUCGUGCCCUCUUCACGACUGUCUUGGUGUGUUUGGACCAUGAUAGUUCGUUGGUGAUGUGGACACCAAGGAACUUGAAGCUCUCAACCUGUUCCACUGCACAUAUUGAAUUUCUAUCUCUAAUUAAUCAAACUUAAUGCUCUGAAUAAUUCCCAGAGGGUGUAAGGCUCUGGUUUAAUCAUGAAUUAAACAAAGGUCCACAACCAGCAAGAAUGAUCUGUAUGUUUAAUCAUGGAGAGCUCUGCCGCCAAAAAACACAUAUACAGCUUUUAUACUUCACACAAAGGCACUUUGCUCCGCCCAUCUUUAGGAGGCCUUUAACCAGUUUCUCAGUCCCCUUCAUCCUGGAAUGUUUGUCUCAGCAGUUUCUAACUCACCCCCUCUGUUAGUGUGUUUAUAAUGAUAACCCUAACACAGUUCACACAGUCAUCAUCAGUAUUGGGGUUAACCAUUUUUGUCAUAAUCAUAAUUCCUCUAUCAAUCUCCAAUAAGUCUUCAAUUGGGUUAAGACCUGGUUACUGAGACACACAGAGAGAGAGACACACACACCCUUUAAACCCCAUAUGAUCCUUUGAGACCCCUAUUUCAAAGUCACUAACCAGGUUUCCAUCCAAACUUUUUGAGAGUAAAGUACAUGUCAGAUAAAAAAAUAUAAUGACAGGCCUGAUUGAAACAGAACAUUUGUUGGUAAACUUUCCAAAUGUCGAUAAAACAAAAUACGCUAGACAAGGUGGGAUCUUUUUUUGUCAGUAAAAUGUAUUAUGCGACAAAUGUUGGUGGAAGCACUUUUAUGCGCAAAUAUUAAUAUAAUAACCAUUUAUAUCGAGGUAAACUUGGAGUCACGCAAUGACAUGUUGUGUGGUCCUGCAGUGUAUUAUGUUUAUUAGGCUACAGAUGAAAUAAGUGAUGAACUUCACAGGGUGGUGAAAGUGCAAGGUGAUGAGCUUGACGCUCCUUUCCAAUAAAUAUCGAGGGUCUUAUUCUAGUGACAUGAUCAUCGAUGCUUGGCUGCCGUUUUGACAAAUAAAAAUAAUCUUGCUUUUUUGUCGAGCUGUUGGCUAGAGUGCACAUGCCAAUACCAGAGUGGGCACACUCGCUAUAACGCAAUUUCUUUGUGAGAGAACCAUCAGUAGAGUUGAAAAUGCGAUGGAAACACAUUUAACUUGUAUUUUUUAUUCAGUACAUGGAAUUUAACAGCAAAAGUUAUUUUUAUGUGCACUACAUCAUCACGCACAGCCUUUUAUCCGCAACAAAUCAAUUUGAUGGAAACACAUCUCUGGUGGGAAAAUGCACAUAUUGUUUUUAUGCAGAGUUUCACCAAUUGGAUGGAAACCUAGCUACUGAGAUCUCUUCUUCUAGCCAUGGUAGCCAGAAUAAUGGGCAACUGGGCAUUUUUAUACAUUACCCUAAGCAUGAUGGGAUGUUAAUUGCUUAAUUAACUCAGGAACCACACCUGUGUGUAAGCACCUGCUUUCAAUAUAUUUUGUAUCCCUCAUUUAUUCAAGUGUUUCCUUUUAUUUUGGCAGUUACCUGUAUCUUGCUUGCUGGUUACCUUUUAAACAAGCUUUCACACACCACUGAAACAACUACACAUUCAUUCCCUCAUACCACAGGCCUCACCAUAGAGCUACCGGAAAGAUAUGUUAUUUACACUCAAAGGUUUUCAUUGAAUUUCCGGUGUAGCACAGUUGUUAGUCCCGUGUAGCUCAGUUGGUAGAGCAUGGCGCUUGCAACGCCAGGGUUGUGGGUUCGAUUCCCACGGGGGGCCAGUAUGAUUUAUUAAUUAAUUAUGCACUCACUAACUGUAAGUCUCUCUGGAUAAGAGCGUCUGCUAAAUGACUAAAAUGUAAAAAUUCACUUUGAAAUACAGUCUGUUUGGAUCGUUGAGUGAUUUGAUCACUAUUCAAAGCCCGAGAAACCAUAGCAUAGGGAAUGCACCGUUGCAUUUGGUAUUGGCUAGAAAACCAACCCGACAACGUUCAGUCUCACAGUAUCACAGUGUAUUCAUUAUGUAUUAAGGUGGCACUUCAUAUUCCACAGGUCACUGAGUUUUCUGUGUAGUUAUGGGUUAUUGAAAAAGCUUUUGGGGUUUAUGUGUGUAUGUUUGCACACUUGCUUGCGUGUAUGUGUGUUAACCCUUUCUCCCUCUCUCUGCUGGCCUAGGAAACAGCUUGAGGAUCUGCAGGAAGAGUGCAUGCUGAGGGGGGAUCGGAGUGCCUCAGAGCAGCUAGCCCUACUGAGCAGCCACGAUGACCUCUGCCAGGCACUAGAGGGAGCCUUCUUCAUCCAGGUACAGUAGGAUGACUGGUAUGAGUAUCAUCUAUGAGAAAAAUGCUGGAAUGGCAAUAACACUUACCUAGGGUGCACAGGGCCGUAGGAGUUUAAAAACUCUAAAAUGCCAUUUGGUGAACAGCAAAAACAAGCAAAAAUUACCCUAGCCAUUAUCACAUUGGUUGCUGUAGCUUCAUUCACCUCAGUCGAUCUACAAACACAUAGCCUAUUAGUUAUACAAUUAGCCGCUGCACAUUAACUCCGCGCCAGGAUUAAAAACUAUAAUUUUGUACAUACAGAGGGAUCUGUUAGCAUAAAAAUAAUUGUAUUAACAAAAGGUAAACAAAUAUGUUUGCUUUACAUAACCUUUGUUGUUGUUGCUGUUUUACAGCUAAUUUCCUGCAAUUCUAAACAUUUUGCAAUGGGGUGGGGAUAAUUCUUUGCAGUUUUAAAAGCUAAUUUCCUACAAAUCUACACAAUUUGCCAUGACUUAUGCCAUCUUAAUAUGUGCCCAGUCGGUAAUUUGGCCAUGACUACUACAAGCUCAGAUAGCUGGCUAAGUAGACUAAUUUACCAAUCUAAAACAUUUUAACUGGCAAGGGCUAAUUGAGUGACUGUCAGUGAGUGACAUAUAACAAGAGGAAAUCUGCUGAUGCACAACCAAGUUUCGAAAUUGCACUUUGUGUAUUACUAUUCUAACUCGCAACAGUAAGUUGAGACCCCAACUGAGUUCCCAAAAACAGUUAAUAUAUAUUAUUUUUCUUAAUUCUAAAAAAUUAGAGGCCCUGAGGGUGCAUCUCAAUAGUCUAGAACAAAAGCCAGGAGACACUUAGGAUACCAAGGAGGUUUGCCCAUCCCUUCACCAGAUCUGCCCAUCCCUUGACUACAUAGAGCCAAUUUGCCCCUACCUAGACAGGUUGGCUAUCAGAGCUUCCCUGUAAUUGAAGGUGUAGGAGGAUGUGGUAUGGGAGAGUCCACAUGACUGUUGAAUUCAUCACAGAGUGGUUAACCAUCUCGUCACUCAUCUGGUCUUAGUCCCGCUCUACACACGCUCACAAACACACCACGCGAGCCAGGAAGUGUGGUCUUUAAGCCAAAGACAGGAGUCACAUUCCAUCCGACACACCAAUAUAGACAACACUGUCUCUCUUUAAGGGAAAGGAAGGCCUGCUCAGUGGGCACAUGGGAGAUAGGUACAUGGUAUUACACAUAGGUUUAAUCAUUACAGUGUAUCGAUUCAAAUCAUCAUGUAAUACUGUGGCGGAGAACAAUAGAGGGUGUUUUAGAGAGUUACAGGGAAAUGCUUCUGGGAAAUAUUGAGUAUCUCCUUUCCCUGUCUGAGACCGCACUUUCCUGGUACAGAUACGUUUCCUCACUGAAUGCAGUUCACUCAGUGUUUCCCUAGUGUUUUUGUUUUUAGAAACACUGUCAAAUCAAAUGUAUUUGUCACAUGCUUUGUAAACCACAGGUGUAGACUAACAGUGAAAUGCUUACUUACGGGCCCUUCCCAACAAUACAGAGAGAAACAUUUUUUUUAUAGAAAAAUAACAACACAAGGGAUAAAUACACAAUGAGGAAUAAAUACACAAUGAGUAACUAUAACUUGGCUAUAUACAGUACCAGUACCGAGUCGAUGUGCAGGAGUACGAGGUAAUUCAGGUAGAUAAACUCAGCAUAAAAAGAAACUCACUGUCAACUGCGUUUAUUUUCAGCAAACUUAACAUGUAUGAACAUAACAAGAUUCAACAACUGAGACAUAAACUGAACAAGUUCCACAGACAUGUGACUAGCAGAAAUGGAAUAAUGUGUCCCUGAACAAAGGGGGGGUCAAAAUCAAAAGUAACAGUCAGUAUCUGGUGUGGCCACUAGCUGCAUUAAGUACCGCAGUGCAUCUCCUCUUCAUGGACUGCACCAGAUUUGCCAGUUCUUGCUGUGAGAUGUUACCCCACUCUUCCACCAAGGCACCUGCAAGUUCCCGGACAUUUCUGGGGGGAAUGGCCCUAGCCCUCACCCUCCGAUCCAACAGGUCCCAAACCUGCUCAAUGGGAUUGAGAUCCGGGCUCUUCGCUGGCCAUGGCAGAACACUGACAUUCCUGUCUUGCAGGAAAUCACGCACAGAACGAGCAGUAUGGCUGGUGGCAUUGUCAUGCUGGAAGGUCAUGUCAGGAUGAGCCUGCAGGAAGGGUACCACAUGAGGGAGGAUGUCUUCCCUGUAACGCACAGCAUUGAGAUUGCCUGCAAUGACAACAAGCUCAGUCCGAUGAUGCUGUGACACACCACCCCAGACCAUGACGGACCCUCCACCUCCAAAUCGAUCCCGCUCCAGAGUACAGACCUCGGUGUAACGCUCAUUCCUUCGAUGAUAAACGCUAAUCCGACCAUCACCCCUGGUGAGACAAAACUGCGAAUUGUCAGUGAAGAGCACUUUUUGCCAGUCCUGUCUGGUCCAGCGACGGUGGGUUUGUGUCCAUAGGCGACGUUGUUGCCGGUGAUGUCUGGUGAGGACCUGCCUUACAACAGGCCUACAAGCCCUAAGUCCAGCCUCUCUCAGCCUAUUGCGGACAGUCUGAGCACUGAUGGAGGGAUUGUGUGUUCUUGGUGUAACUGUGGCAGUUGUUGUUGCCAUCCUGUACCUGUCCCGCAGGUGUGAUGUUCGGAUGUACCGAUCCUGUGCCGGUGUUGUUACACGUGGUCUGCCACUGCGAGGAUGAUCAGCUGUCCAUUCUGUCUCCCUGUAGCGCUGUCUUAGGCGUCUCACAGUACGGACAUUGUAAUUUAUUGCCCUGGCCACAUCUGCAGUCCUCAUGCCUCCUUGCAGCAUGCCUAAGGCACAUUCACGCAGAUGAGCAGGGACCCAGGGCGUCUUUCUUUUGGUGUUUUUCAGAGUCAGUAGAAAGGCAUCUUUUAGUGUCCUAAGUUUUCAUAACUGUGACCUUAAUUGCCUACUGUUAGUGUCUUAACGACCGUUCCACAGGUGCAUGUUCAUUAAUUGUUUAUGGUUCAUUGAACAAGUAUGGGAAACAGUGUUUAAACCCUUUACAAUGAAGAUCUGUGAAGUUAUUUGGAUUUUUACAAAUUAUCUUUAAAAGACAGGGUCCUGAAAAAGGAAAGUUUAUUUUUUUGCUGAGUUUAUGUACAUAUACAGUACCAGUCAAAAGUUUGGACACUCCUACUCAUUCAAGGGUUUUUCUUUAUUUUUACUAUUUUAUACAUUGUAGAAGAAUAGUGACCAAAAAAUUAUAUAUUUUAUAUUCUUCAAAGUAGCCACCCUUUGCCUUGAUGACAGCUUUGCACACUCUUGGCAUUCUCUCAACCAGCUUCACCUGGAAUGCUUUUCCAACAGUCUUGAAGGAGUUCCCACAUAUGCUGAGCACUCGUUGGCUGCUUUUCCUUCACUCUGCGGUCCAACUCAUCCCAAACAAUCUCAAUUGGGUUGAGGUCGGGUGAUUGUGGAGGCCAGGUCAUCUGAUUCAGCACUCCAUCACUCUCCUUCUUUGUCAAAUAGCCCUUACACAGCCUGGAGGUGUGUUGGGUCAUUGUCCUGUUGAAAACAAAUGAUAGUCCCACUAAGCGCAAACCAGAUGGGAUGAUAUCGCUGCAGAAUGCUGUGGUAGCCAUGCUGGUUAAGUGUGCCUUGAAUUCUAAAUAAAUCACUGACAGUGUCACCAGCAAACUACCCCCACACCAUCACACCACCUCCUCUAUGCUUUACGGUGGGAAAUACACAUGCGGCGAUCAUCCGUUCACCUACUCUGCGUCUCACAAAGACACUGCGGUUGGAACCAAAAAUCUUACAUUUGGACUCAUCAGACCAAAGGACAGAUUUCCACCGGUCUAAUGUCCAUUGCUCGUGUUUCUUGGCCCAAGCAAGUCUCUUCCUAUUAUUGGUGUCCUUUAGUAGUGGUUUCUUUGCAGCAAUUCGACCAUGAAGGCCUGAUUCACGCAGUCUUCUCUGAACAGUUUAUGUUGAGAUGUGUCUGUUACUUGAACUCUGUGAAGCAUUUAUUUGGGCUGCAAUUUCUGAGGCUGGUAUCUCUAAUGAACUUAUCCUCUGCAACAGAGGUAACACUGGGUCUUCCUUUCCUGUGGCUGUCCUCAUGAGAGCGAGUUUCAUCAUAGUGCUUGAUGGUUUUUGCGACUGCACUUGAAGAAACGUUCUUGAAAUUGUCUGUAUUGACUGACCUUCAUGUCUUAAAGUAAUGAAGGACUGUCGUUUCUCUUUGCUUAUUUGAGUUGUUCUUGCCAUAAUAUGGACUUGGUCUUUUACUAAAUAGGGCUAUCUUAUCUAUACCCCCCCUACCUUGUCACAACACAACUGAUUGGCUCAAACGCAUUAAUUCCACAAAUUAACUUUUAACAAGGCACACCUGUUAAUUGAAAUGCAUUCCAGGUAAAUACCUCAUGAAGCUGGUUGAGAGAAUGCCAAGAGUGUGCAAAGCUGUCAUCAAGGCAAAGGGUGGCUACUUUGAAGAAUCUAAAAUAUAAAAUAUAUUUUAAUUUGUUAAAGCAAUUUUUUGUUACUACAUGAUUCCAUAUGUGUUAUUUCAUAAUUUUGAUGUCUUCACUAUUAUUCUACAAUGUAGAAAAUAGUACAAAUAAAGAAAAACCCUUGAAUGAGUAGGUGUGUCCAAACUUUUGACUGUUACUGUAGGUAGGGAUGAAGUGACUAGGCAACAGGAUAGAUAAUAAACAGUAGCAGCAGCGUAUGUGAUGAGUAAAAAGAGUUGGUGCAAAAAGGGUCAAUGCAGAUAGUUAAAUAGUUAAGCAAUAGCUCCCCGGACUAACUAUUUAGCAGUCUUAUGGCUUGGGGGUAGAAGCUGUUCAGGGUUCUGUUGGUUCCAGACUUGGUACACCGGUACCGCUUGCCGUUCGGUGGCAGACAGAACACUCUAUGACUUGGGUGAUUGGAGUCUUUGACUAUUUUUAGGUCUUUCCUCUGACACUGCCUGGUAUAGAGGUCCUGGAUGGCAAGGAGCUUGGCCCCAGUGAUGCACUACCUUCUGCAGCGCCUUGUGGUCGGAUGCCGAGCAGUUGCCAUACGAAGCGGUGAUGCAGCCAGACAAGAUGCUCUGCAUGGUGCAGCUGUAGAGCUUUUGAGGAUCUGAGGGGCCCAUUCCAAAUAUUUUCAGCCUCCUGAGGGGGAAAAGGCAUUGUCGUGCGUUCUUCACAACUGAAUUGGUGUGUGUUGACCAUGAUAAUUCCUUAGAGUUGUGGACACAGAGGAACUUGAAGCUCUCGACCCGCUCCUCUACAGCCCCAUCGAUGUGGAUGGGGGCGUGCUCGGCCCUCCGUUUCCUGUAGUCUACGAUCAGCUCCUUUGUCUUGUUGACGUUGAGGGAGAGGUUGUUGUGCUGGCACCACUUUGCCAGGUCACUGACAUCCUCCCUAUAGGCUGUCUCAUCGUCUUCGGUGAUCAGGCCAACCACUGUCGUGUCGUCAGCAAACUUAAUGUUGGUGUUGGAGUCGUGCGCUGCCACGCAGUUGUGGGUGAACAGGGAGUACAGGAGGGAACUAAGCACGCACCCCUGAAGGGCCCCAGUGUUGAGGGUCAGCGUGACUGAUGUGGUGUUGCCUACCCUCAGCACCUGGGGACGGCCCGUCAGGAAGUCCAGGAUCCAGUUCCAGAGGGAGGUGUUCAGUCGCAGGGUACUGAGCUUAUUGAUGAGCUUGAAGGGCACUAGGGUGUUGAAUGCUGAGCUGUAGUCAAUGAACAGCAUUCUCACGUAGGUGUUCCUCUUGUUCAGGUGGGAGAGGGCAGUGUGGAGUGCAAUACAAAUUGCGUCGUCUGUGGAUCUGUUGGAGUGGGUCCAGGGUGUCUGGGAUGAUGGUAUUGAUGUGAGCUAUGACUAGCUUUUCAAAGCAUUUCAUGACUACAGAUGUGAGUGCUACGGGGCGAUAGUCAUUUAGACAGGUUACCUUGGCAUUCUUGGGCACAGGGACUAUAGUGGUCUGCUUGAAACAUGUAGGUAUUACAGACUGGGUCAGGGAGAGGUUGAAAAUGUCAGUGAAGACACUUGCCAGCUUGUCAGUGCAUACUCUGAGGAUGCAUCCUGGUAAUCAGUCUGGCCCCGCGGCCUUGUGAAUGUUGACCUGUUUAGUCUUACUCACAUCGACUACGGAGAGUGAGAUCACACAGUCGUCCGGAACAGCUGGUGCUCUCAUGCAUGAUUCAAAGCGAGCAUAGAAGGAAUUUAGCUCGUCUGGUAUGCUCGCAUUACUAGGCAGCUCGCGGUUGGGUUUCCCUUCGUAAUCCGUGAUGGUUUGCAAGCCCUGCCACAUCCGACGAACUUCAGAGCCAGCUUCACUCCUUCAUUUAUGCUGACCUCAUUCUGAAUCAAUAGGCUUUAUAAUUGUUUUCCCACUUAAGACUUAAAUGAGGAAUAUCUUCUCCUUUAGGCAAAAUGUGUCCCGCCUCAGUUGGUCAUUGUUGGUUUUUGUGUCUCUCUUUAUGUGAGCGAGCGUCACGAGUUUAAUCUGGUGACGUUCAACUUUGUCAUUAAGUUAUUAUUCUACUGUUAAAGGCGUCGUAACUAUUGCAAGGGUGACUGACAGACGCACCUUACCUUACCACCACCUUACAUUACUGACCUGACACAGACCUGAACCCAAUGUUCCCUCAAAUAUUUUUCUGCAAUGAGCAAAUGUCAGGUCUGCUGAGCGCAAACUUCAAUGUUGUGAAAAUUCUAUGCAACUUCCAGCGUACAUUUACUGUGAACACUGAGGCUGUACCCGCUUUAAGUUACAGUUUCAGACAGUGGUCAAGUAGGCUACUGUGGCUAUUUGAUCAUAAUGUAGGCCUACCAGAGUGGCCUACCAUUAAAAAACAAUGGAGAAAAUGCAUCCCAUAACAUUUUAACAUGGAAAUAGCUGUUCUAUCAUUCAGCCUACAGUAGCAGCCAAUGUGUGGUGUUCAAUGUAGGCUUACAUUCCAUGAUACUUUUGAUAAAAACAUGUGGGGCUUGACAUUAACCCAUUUAUCCACUUGUCCUUCAGACAAGGAACAUGUUGCUGUGUUGUUUGAUACAAGAAACCACUUUACAAAAUAAAAAGCAUUAUUAUUCCCAUACCAUUAAUACAGAGAAUCAGACAAAUUAUGCUACCCUCUGCCUAUUGGCUACUUAGCUUAUUCAAAAUACAACACUACCCCUUUAAGACAAAAAAAAGCUCUUUACCCAACUCGCUUUUCAAAGAUGUCUAGAAAUGUAAACGUUUUGUGCUCUUGUAGGAAGCAAUCACUCCCCCAUUGCUGACUACAAAUGAUCUAUAACUGGGCUAAUAACUCAAUAACUAGCAAAGGGUAUGAACAAAUGUGCACACGUGGCUACAGGCAGCUCUCGCUUUGAUCUCAAAACAAGCGCAUCUACGACCGCUCAUGCUGUAAACACAGACCAGUUCAAAGUGAAUGGCACAGAUCCAUUUAUGGCAAUGGUCUAUUUGCAUAUAGGCCUACUACAGCUCUGAUUGGUUAUGCCAAACCGGUCUGUGUAGAGUAUGGGCUGAGUCGUGCGUGUCAAUGCAAUAGAAUCCUACUCUGAUGCCUUCUGCUUACAACAAAAUCUCUUGCAUACAUAGUUUUGCAUACUAAGUCUUGAAUUGUUCGUUUUGUUUCAGUAUGUUGCAUUGAAAGUGGCUAAUAUUGCGUUGAUUCGAUCACAAUUCCCACAGUAAAGGGAAACGUUGAUAGUGUUAACUAACGGGGAAAACUCUAGAAAGUUGAGAAGUUCAAAGUCGUGCUUCUCUGCGCGGGCUGAUAUUUAUUCUGCAUGGCAGUCCAGGGGGAGCUGCGCGCUCCUGCACACGCAGUUUAGAGGGAACAUUACCUGCAGCCAUUGUGUAGUUAAUAUAAGCUGGUUAGUUUAGUUAGAAGGUGAAAGAGCAUCAUGGGGAGGGAGCAUCAUGGCCUUCAAGACACUUGUCUGUGCAUAUUAUCAUGGUGAGCGAUGAAUUAAACAGGACUACGCACAAGCAGUGUUCUUUUAUUAAUAUAUAAGAAGCGAUGAUAUUAUCAUGUCAAAUAUAUAUUUUUUCGAUGUGGUUUUUGUGGUACACAUAACAUUCUCAUGACUGGGGACCAUGAGAAGUACUGAGGGAAAUAUAUUGUAAACCACCAUUCCUUCCAUCAUUGGAGUUGGACAUUUCCCCUUACUGUUCAAAUAAAGGGGAACCUCAUGUUUGAAGGUUUUCAGUGGAAAACAAUAUUCCAUUUCAGUCUUAAGAAAUAGGCAGUAUUAUAGGAAGAUUACAUUUUUACAUUUUAGUCAUUUAGCAGACGCUCUUAUCCAGAGCGAUUUACAGUUAGUGAGUGCAUACAUUUUUCAUACUGACCCCCGUGGGAAGAUGUCAUGACAUGUCUUUAUAACUAUGUGCUCAAGACAUUAAAUCUCAUAUCAUAUGCCAUAGCUUAGUUAACGACACAGCCGUAUAGCUGGGAAAGUAGUUUUUUUACCCAAAUAAAAAUGGUGUGAAAUAGAACAAUACAAUUUUCCCAGCAGAAAAUGUUUCAUUUGAAAGUACACCAUGUUUGUUCUCAUCAGUCUUUACAUUGUAUUUCUGUAUGUCCUAAUAUUUGUUCAUAAUGUUGCACUGAAGGUCCCUGUUGGUCCACUGCGAUGACCUUAAAUCUGUUAAAUGUAUUAACUUUCCUGUCACAUUGUCUCUGAUAAACCAACGUGUGUGUCUGUGUACAGGAGUGUGUGUUUGAGGAGAUCGAGGCCAAACGAAGUGUCUUCCAGGCGGUGGAGAGUCAUGUGGGAGAGGGCGUGAUCCUCAGUAGCUCCACCUCCUGCCUGUUGCCUAGCAAUGUCUUCUCCCAGGUCCAGAACCGGAAGCGCUGCAUCAUAUCUCACCCGGUCAGUACAGCGCUACCACAAACACCAAGGCUGUGUCCAAUAUGGCACUCUUUACAUGGCACUACUUUUGGCCAAAACCCUGCACAGCAUAGGGAACAGGAUGCCAUUUCAGAUUUGCACAAACUCUCUCUCUCCGAGCCAGUACUUUUUUUUGUUUGCACAAGGGAAUGACCCAUCCAUUCCAGCUGUGGCAUUUGUAGCCUUCAGGUUCUAAUCCCUAGGUUGCAACACUAUAUUUUAUUGCAAUCCGUGUUGUUAUCCAGCCCUUGUCUAGUCUUAAAUAAGUAUUAUAAACGCUUCUGGACUUUACCCCCUCCCCUUCCCUCAGUCUCCUAACAACUAGCUCAGAAAUUCCACCCUUAUCAUCACCUUGAUGCUGAAACACACACACGUGCAGUCCUUCUAUGGCCGGAGAGAGACGAGUUCACCUUUACCUGGGAAGGUGCGCGUACGUGCAUGUAUAUGGUGAAUGUUUAGCCUAAUCCCCCAAUGGUUUUACCUCAGUGCCAGUCCUAUCAGAGAGGCCUUCACAGCGGACAAUGUGUGAGAUAGCCCCUGUGUGUAUAAUGGCUUACAGUGUAAUGUGGUCCAACACAGAGAAAGGACAACACACCCUGGAUGUGUAGCAUAGCAUCUCAAUAGUCUCAAUUAGCUUCCUCCCCCUGUCUCCUCUCCCUCAUCUGCACUGAUGUGAGGGAGCUGUACUAGUCUACGUCCACCGUAUUGUUUAUUUAUUUUUAAUCCUAUCAAAUAAAGAAAAUAGCACGGUUCCCCAACUGGCGGGCCGAAUUUGGCCUGCUGGUGGUUUUAUUUGGCCAAGUUUUCUGAGCAAAAACAAACUAUUUUUAUUUUAUUGUUGGACAUAAAAGACUGUAAAAAUACCAAGAAAUCAGCUCCAAGUGAUUUUAGUUUAAGAAAUCUGUUCCCAAGUAUUCCCACGCAUAAAUAAAGUGACACGUGAUCAUAUACAAAUGUAAGCAAGGUUUGAAAUGAUCUGUUUCGGCAUCUUGCAGUCUACAAAUUAUUUGUAAUAAUUAUGUUCCGGCGCGCGGCUGAAUCUAGUCGAUGAUGCCUAGAAUAGAGGAAAUGAAGAGAUGGUCUCUCUCUGUUGUUGUUUUGAGCUGACGAGUUUCGCCCCCUACAGGUGAACCCGCCCUACUACGUGCGUCUGGUGGAGCUGGUGCCACACCCAGAGACAUUGCCGGAGGUGAUGGACACCACCCAUGCCCUGAUGACUGCCGUGGGCCAGGCUCCCGUCAGGCUGAAGAAGGAGAUUGACGGCUUCGCCCUGAACCGUGUGCAGUACGCCAUCAUCGCUGAGUCCUGGAGGCUGGUCAAGGUGGGAGGCAGACUGAAUACUGUGCAACAUACCCUCCUCUCUUAUCACUGUAUUGGUCUCUUAAAUAGUUAGGAACCAAGGGAUUAUGUAUCAUGAGUGGAGGUGGAUUUGGCUGAUGUUGACAUUGGCAGUCCUUGUAGACAAGAGUCCCUCAGUCCUUGCAGCUUUGAACUUUGGAUCCUUAAUACCGGUAGUUCUGUUGAUGGUCGUGUUUAAAUAGGAGUGGAGGGGGAAGUGUCUGUCAGCUGGCUAAUCUCCAUGCUAUCUUUCUAAAACUGUAUCUGUGAUACAAUGGGGGCUAAAUGAACCUCCAGCUCUAUUACCACCACACGGAUGGAGGAUGUGAGGGGAUGAAUCCUUCCUGGAGACACAUGCACUCAACUUAAUUAAUUGAUUGAUUGAUUUAAUUGGGAGAUUUGUGUGACAGUUUGAGUUACAUACGCGCAUCUCAAGUCGAGAUUCGUCCCGAUGUAUUUUAUUUCCUAGUGCUUGUUUAAAGUGCUGAACUCUUAGGGCUGGUUUUCAGAUCUGAGAUUAAGCCUAGUCCUGGACUAAAAACAAGCUCAAUGGAGAAUAUCUAUUGAAAGUGAUUUUUAGUCUAUGAAUAAGAUUACGAUCACUUAAUCACUCUGGUUAAACAGCCCUACUGUAUGUAUGGAGAGCCAACAAUGUCCCUUUGAUUUUCUAUCUACAAUCCCACCCCAACAGACUGUUGAACAGGUCAUAUCACUGUACCAGCCUGAUACUGAGGCUAAUACCUUGAAUGGUACACCACUGUAUUCUGCCCUGCUGCACUGUUCACCCCUUCAGACAUGAAUUGGCUCAGCCACAUGGCAGCAGGGAGGAUAAUGUGUAAGAAAUCCCAUCACUCAUCCCAAUGCUGACAGAGAAAAGAGCUAAUGGCUGCAAUCUAGGGCUUAUGUCAAUCAGUGAGCUCUAUUAUCUCAGAUGGAAGAUCAACCACAGUCCCUCUGUCUUUGUCAGCACACAACUAUAAUGGAGCAAUCCCCUGAUUACAAAAUGUAUUUUUUUGUCUUUUUGGGGGGGGUUAGAUUUACAAUAGACUCCCCACAUUCAGCUGCCUGACACCGUAUGCGUUGUCCCUGCAGUACAGUUACAGUACACCUGAAUGACAGUGUAUCAGAUGCUCAUGGACCGGUCUGAACUGGUCUCCCAGACCCACCCAGCGCUAACGGCUAGGGUACUGCUAUCCUGUAAAAAAAAAACAGUAGUUAACCAGGACAAGAGAAGCACUUACAACAGGAGCUGCUUUUGCCACAACAGCAGGCUAGGAAUCAGCUGAAAUAGACAUGUUCACAAAAAACAAAGGUGUUUGUACAUAACCUUUACACUCAAUACAGUUAACGAGGCAUCAUGGAUUAUGUUUAUGUCUUGGUAUCCAUAUAGCCUACCGCCCAUCCUCUCAUUUUCACUCAAAUGGACUGUGUGGGUAGAGUGAGCCAAGCGUGAGAGAGCUGUGUGUACUGUCUAAUAGGUGGGUGUGGGGGCAGUAAGGGGAAGAUGAUGAGGUGUUAUCACAGAAAUGUGUCCUUGUGAAAAGCCUAGUCGUUAAAGGGACAGAACUAGAGACCAUCUCAAGGUGACCAGUCAGUCAGUCAGUCAGUCAGUCACCCUGCUUGCCUUAAUCUCUACUCUGUCCACACAGGCACCGACAACAUGAGUGUUUUUCCACUGGCUGCCUGAACAGAUGAUAAGAAAACAAGAGAGCACGGUGGUUAUGUGUGUAUGAGUAUGUGACGGGUGCCUAGUUUUGGUAAGGCUGUGGUUGAGUCGAGAGUUGCACAGAUUGAAGAUGAAGCCUUUGAGGGCUGCGAUGUCGGCAGGCUUCAGCCAUCACUGGAUCACCUGGUUCAACAAACCAUCUCCAUUCCUGUUGGCCUCCUGUAAUCUACUGGUGGUUAUUACAGUAGCGUCUUUGUAAAGUGAAGUAUUUAUUGAUGUGAACCCUAGACUGUAUGAUGUGAACAGUGAAUUGUAAGAUUUUCUAUGACGUGACACUCACUUCCCUAUCCUGGUCAUCCAUAUCAGCAGAAAGAGAGCUAUUUUUGCAAGGUUUCCCAAUCAUAUAAUUUCAACAUUCUUAAAGGAAGUGAAAGCACAAAUCAUUGUAGAUGUAUGUUACAAAAAGCAAAGAUCAGAAUCACAUGGUAAGAAGUGCUGAAGUCUCAGAUAAUUUCCACAGUCACGACGGCUUUGCUUUUGUGGCUCUUUCUCUGGCCUAGUACUGGACAUCAAACCUCUCAAGCUUAAAAAAAGAAGGCCUCAGUCAUACUUUUGUCAGGUCACUGUCUGCCACUCAUUUGGCGAUUCCAAUUAGCAUUGAUCUUCAUGACCCGUUAAGAGUCAAUGGACCCCAACCCAAGAGGAUAAUUAUUCUACUUCCAUGGUCUUCCUUGACCUGAAGCAUACAACAACAGGGUUUACAUCCCAGUGGAAUGCACACAGACAGUCGGAACAGGCCGACCUACUCGAUUAGCGCUUCAGUCUGGAUGUGCAUUAGCUUAGCUCUUCAGUCUGAAUGUGCAUUAGCGUGUAACACUGUAGUGUCUUUAAAGAGUUACUCUCGGCUCAUAGACGGGUUAAGUGAGCCUUCAGAGUGAAAGUCACAGCUCUUGUGAGCUCAGUCAGUCCACUCAACAAAGCGGUGUGGUCACGCUCCAAUGGAAAUCCAAUGGAGUCUGUUACUGAGAACGCCGGCGUUGUUUUUAGUUCAGAGAAACGGUGCAGGGAACUGAGCAUCUUCACGUUGCAUCCAUUCCCCACCCCCCCAUAUGCAUCCCAUCUGUGUGUAGAUAUUUACGUCUUAACACUGCCCUGUAGAAACUCAGACGCAUGUCUUUAUGACAUUCCUUACUGAAACGGAGCCAGGCAGUGAUUUGUACCUCCUUCUUGUUGAGCUGGUUGCCAUCUAGGUGAACCAGCGAAACUGGCUGACCUACUCUGUGUCCUCCAGCUAGUGAUUUAUAUGGGUUAAUGUUUAGUAUCCCAGUAUUGACUGAACAUGAAUGGUAGUUAAAGAAAUUGUAUGGAACCUUUGUGGAGGAAUAGUGCUAAACUUAAGCAAUAAGGCCAGAGGAUAUGUGGUAUAUUGACCAUAUACCACAAACCCCCGAAAUGCUGUAUUGCUAUUAUAAACUGGUUACCAACGUAAUUUAAAACAGUAACAAUUAGAUUUUUGUCAUACCCGUGGUACACGGUCUGAUAUACCAUGGCUUUCAGCCGAUCAGCAUUCAGGGCUCGAACCCCAUACAGUGCCGUGAAAAAGUAUUUGCCUCAUUUCUGAUUUUCUCUAUGUUUGCAUGUUUUUUUUAAUACUAUAUGAUAUCAGAUAUUCAACCAAUACCUAAUAAUAGGUCAAGGCAACCUGAGUAAAAAAAAAAAAAAAGUAUACUUAUUUCAUUUAUUUAACAAAGUUAUGCAUCACCCAAUUCCCCUGUGGUUGAAAAAGUAAUUGCCCCCUUACACUCAAUAACUGGUUGUGCCACCUUUAGCUGCAAUGACUGCAACCAAAUGCUUCCUGUAGAUGUUAAUCAGUCUUUCACAUUGCUGUGGAGGAAUUUUUGCCUAAUCUUGCAUGCUGAACUGCUUGCAUGCAGAACUGCUUUAAGUCAGCGACAUUUGUGGGUUUUCAAGCAUGAACUGCUCGUUUCAAGUCCUGCCACAACAUCUCAAUUGGGAUUAGGUCUGGACUUUGACUAGGCCAUUCCAAAACUUAAGAUUUGUUGCUUUUUAACCAUUUUCAUGUAGACUUGAUUGUUUUGGAUCAUUGUCUUGCUGCAUGACCCACCUGCGCUUCAGCUUCAGCUCACAGAUGGAUGGCCUUACAUUCUCCUGUAGAAUUCUUUGAUACAGAGCAUAAUUCAUGGUUCCUUCUAUUAAGGAAAGUCGUCCAGGUCCUGAGGCAGCAAAGCAUCCCCAACCCAUCACACUACCACCACCAUUACUUGACCGUUGGUAUAAGGUUCUGACUGUGGAAUGCAGUGUUUGGUUUUCGCCAGACAUAAUGGGACCCAUCUCGUCCAAAAAGUUGACUCAAGUUAGCCAAAAAGCACCUGGAUGAUCAAGACUCUUGGAAGAAUGUUCUAUGGACAGAUUAGUCAAAAUUUUAACUUUUUGGACGACAGGGGUCCCAUUAUGCCUGGCGAAAACCGAACACUGUAACAUUCCACAGUAAGAACCUCGCAUGGUGGUGGUAGUGUGAUGGUUUGGGGAUGCUUUGCUGCCUCAGGACCUGGACUACUUGCCUUAAUAGAAGGAAUCAUGAAUUCUGCUCUGUAUCAGAGAAUUCUGCAGGAGAAUGUCAGGCCAUCCGUCUAUGACGGAGCUGGGUCAUGCAGCAAGACAAUGAGCCAAAACACACAAUCAAGUCUACAUGAAAAUGGCUAAAAAGUAACAUAUUUUAAGUUUUGGAAUGGCCUAGUCAGAGUCCAGACCUAAUCCCAAUUGAGAUGUUGUGGCAGGACAGUUCAUGCUUGAAAACCCACAAAUGUCGCUGAGUUAAAGCAGUUCUGCAUGGAAAAGUGGGCCAAAAUUCCUCCACAGCGACGAGAGAGACUGAUCAACAACUACAGGAAGCGUUUGGUUGGAGUCAAUGCAGCUAAAGGUGGCACAACCAGUUAUUGUCAUAAGCGUCAGUGAAAUGCGGUGGGCGAAGUCAAACACAGGACACAGAGCUGGUCAGAAAACGUACUUUACUAGAAAGUAAUCUGAGAAUACACAAUCUCCACACAGGGAGGAAAAUAACCCGCACACUAACGACUGCCGAUAACAAUAACAAUCACACACAACACACAGUGUAAGGCAGAGGGUUAAAUAGGGAAGACAAUACUACAUAAUGGGAAACAGGUGUACACAAUCAAGACAGAACAAGUAGACCACAGAAACAUAGAUCGGUAGCAGCUAGUACUCCGGUGACGACGAACGCCAAAGCCUGCCCGAGCAAGGAGGAGGGGCAGCCUCGGCUGAAUCCGUGACAGUUAUUGAGUGUAAGAGGGCAAUUACUUUUUCACACAGGGGCAAUGGGUGUUGCGUAACUUUGUUUAUGAAAUAAAUGAAAUAGGUAUGUAAUUGUUGUGUUAUUUGUUCACUCAGGUUUCCUUUUAUUUAAUAUAGGUUUAGGUUGAAGAUCUGAUAACAUUCAGUAUCAAAAAUAUGCAAAAGUAGAGAAAAUUAGAAACGGGGCAAAUAAUUUUUCACAGCACUGUAGUUUAUAAUACCUUUCACUUUCAAACUUUUUUUUAGUCAUUUAGCAGACGUUCUUAUCCAGAGCGACUUAUAGUUAGUGAAUACAUAUUUUUUUAUACUGGUCACCCGUGGGAAUCGAACCCACAACCCUGGCGUUGCAAACGCCAUGCUCUAUCAACUGAGCUACAUCCCUGCCGGCCAUUCCCUCCCCUACCCUGGACGACGCUAGGCCAAUUGUGCGCCGCCCAUGAGUCUCCCGGUCGCGGCCGAUACUUUGUUAUUUACCAGUCUGGGUCAAUAUCAAUUUAAUCACUGCCAAUUAGCUAAUGCAGAUAUUUCAGUAUUUUCUGAAUAUAUUACAGCAUUUCUGAACUGAAUCUCCUCAAUUCACAUGUAAUAAUAUUGACACACUUUGCUUAUCUUAAAGCCAGCAUCAACUCAGCUGUUGGCAUGUUAUCAUCGUUUACCUAGAUACACACACCUAGCCUCGGUGCAUGACAAUGUAAAUUCACCGUAGGGUGUGGCUCACUGUGAUGUCACAGUUUGGGAAUCUGGUCUAUCUGUCAGAAAAUGUGUUGAUGUGGAUGCGGUGGGUGAGUCAAUCGCAGGACACAGAGGAUCAGUCAAAGCGACUUUACUGUACUUGUAAAUAGACACAAAAAGAAACGGCCUCAAACACAGGAGGCGAACAAAAUACGCGCAGUGCGUAAAACACUAAACUCAGACAAGGCAUCGAACCUACAACACACGACAUGUGGAACAAUAACACACAACUACAAAACAUAACACAGGGAAACUUAUAGGUGACAUAAUCAGGACAGAAUACGAAACAGGUGCACUAAACUAGACAUGACCAAACAAACAUCGAAAACAUCAAACGGUGGCAGCUAGUACUCCGUGGACGACGAACGCCGAAGCCUGCCCGAACAAGGAGGAGGAGCAGCCUCGGCGGUAUUCGUGACACUAUCCUGCAUGGUUUGGCCUAGAACUCUCCUGUUGAUAUGUCUCAUUUCGUCAUUAGCACUCAGACAGAGGAAGUUGGAAACAUUUAAUUGUACGGUAUUGUACUGUUAACACCAGGGGUUGGGCUACCUGGUAACUAAUAGGAAAUUAUAUGGCAUCAAUAGAAAUGUACUAGUCACAUAGCCUAUUUAGAAUAAUUCAACUUAGUUGGUAACUACCUGGUAUCUAGUGGUGUUAUUAUGAUUUUACCUUGCAAGUACAUAGGCCUACCUGGUCAUUUGCUGUAAAAGUUUCAGAAAGCUGAGUGUUAUGGUCUUAUGUAGACCUAAUGAUGGAGAGUUCAAGUGAAGUGUCACUGAUAUUAAUAUUACAUAACAUACCCCCCAAUCACACACACACAGAACAUGGCCUUUGAGUCCAAGCCAGCAUCGGAAAGCGGAGUGGCUGAGAACGCAGCCAGUAGCCCCCAGUGAUUACAGCAGAGGAAAGGACCCUUUUCACGGCUGUCCCCCGCCUGGACGCCGCCUCGCGAUGCCAAGAUAACGGGCCCGUUGUUGGCCCGCGGGAAGCAAACAAAGACGACCCUGUCCCCCUUCCCCUCUAGAUCUGUGUGCGAGCUUUGAUUUCCCCCUGGUUAGCCAACAGGUAUCUGUUGAGCAGUAAUCUGACCCUGUCCCAGGCCUGGAGUAGCCUUAAUGCUGCUCUGCUCUGGUGGGAUGAAAGGAGAAGGUUCUUCUAGUCUACUGCUCCCUCAGCCCUCCUGACAGACAGACAGACAGACAGACCAGUGGUUGUUGGGCAGGUAGAGCACUUCAGUGGGGAGCACAGUGUCCCUAGCAUCUUAUUAGGGGUGUCAUUUAGGGUGAAUAGCCCCUCGUCUGUGUCCUCCUUGGUAUUCCGAUUUGGGGGGGGUGGGGUCUUUUUCAGUCUUUUGUUGAAUCUGAGGUCAUUGCUUCCUACCGUUUCAGGACGGUGUCAUCUCAGUCAAGGACAUUGACCUGGUGAUGUCAGAGGGGCUGGGAAUGCGUUACGCAUUUAUUGGUCCCAUGGAAACCAUGCACCUCAACGCAGCUGAAGGUAAGUUCCUCCUUUGACUUACACCAAAUAAUAAAUAUUUAUAUACUGUCCUGUGUGAUUGUGACAAAUUAACCAUGUACGAUGGUCACACAGUUGUGUGAGGGGCAGAGCUUAUGACCAGACCGUGAUAUUAGGGUUCAAAAAGGUCGCUCUGCCAGACCCUGAACAGCUGAUGAGAGGAGGGGGAACUGUGGCUGCCAUCAAAUGCCUUACAUGUUUCAGUCCCUUUUUACCAUAUAAGUAUAUAUUGGGGGAUGACGUGGUUGUGUGUUUUAGAGAGAGAGAGUGGGAGUGUGUGGGUUGGUGUAUGUGUUUGUGCGUGCGUGCGUGCGCGUGUGUGUGUGUGUGUGUGCUCACGCGUGAUUCUGUGAGAGUCUGAAACAUCAAAUAGAUGGAAAAUAUGAAAGGGCAGUGUGAAAACUGGAAAGUGACACUGCUCUGGCUGCACCACCGUGCUCAGAGAGAGAGAGAACACUUUGACAGAACAAAGCUGUCUUUUGAUCAACACAGGUGAAUGAACUCCCUCACACCAGUCAUCUAAAACCACUGUCACCAGGGGAGAAUACAUGUUGUACAGUACUCACACGUUCUACUUUACCUGUUUUGAUUUUCUCUUAAUUAUCAUUUUAUACCAGUCCUCUGGUGUUAGUCCAUGGUCAUAUUCCCAAGUGGCAAAAUAAGAGGCCUUUGUUAGCCACAUUCUAACAGUGGUACUUCAGUGGAGCAUGUAGUUUCUAAGUUACCUGUGUGUUUUCCUUUCUACCUUUGCAUCCAAUAAACAUUCAAUAAAAACAACAGUGGCAUGUGUUACAUUAUGUUGCUCAGGUCCUCCAAAGGUUACACACUCCUGUUAUCACUGUAGGUCCUCUAGUCCAACCAGUCCAAUCAGAUAGUAAAACACUCAGGUCCACUCCUGUUAUCACUACAGGUCUUCUAGUCCAACUAGUCCAAUCAGAUAGUAAAACACUCAGGUCCACUCCUGUUAUCACUAUAGGUCCUCUAGUCCAACCAGUCCAAUCAGAUAGUAAAACACUCAGGUCCACUCCUGUUAUCACUACAGGUCCUCUAGUCCAACCAGUCCAAUCAGAUAGUAAAACACUCAGGUCCACUCCUGUUAUCACUAUAGGUCCUCUAGUCCAACCAGUCCAAUCAGAUAGUAAAACACUCAGGUCCACUCCUGUUAUCACUACAGGUCUUCUAGUCCAACCAGUCCAAUCAGAUAGUAAAACACUCAGGUCCACUCCUGUUGUCACUAUAGGCCCUCUAGUCCAGUGGUUACCAACCAGGUGUGCUAAGACCCCUGGGGGUACUUGGCCCGUCCACAUGGGGUACUUGAAGAGUCAUGAGACCAUUGGUAAAAUGCACAUGAGGGGGUACUUCAGGGGUAUUCCGGGCAGAGCAAAAUUCCGUUGUUGGUACAGUAACCGAAAAAGGUUGGGAACCACUGCUCUAGUCCAAACAGUCCAAUCAGAUAGUUAAACACUCAACAGUCCACUCUCUGCUCUGGCUGAGUAACAAUCAUUUCCAAACAGGACACAGAAGAGCCCUUACACCCAGAAAGCUGAGUCAUUUUAUCAGACAGAAGGAGCCGUGCACUUAUUUUGUUCAGACUAUUGAAGCAGAAGAGAGAAGGAUCUUUGAAAACAGCCCAUCAGGUGAGGUCUCUCCCACCAAAAACAAAACUCUGUGAGAGAGUUUAGUUGGACGUAGCUGGCAGUUAUCACACUGAAGUGUUAGCUUUAGUCUGUCCCUGUAAUGUUCAUGUACACAUUCAAUGUUCAACUUGGGAGUAAGAAACAAAUGAACAAGCUUUUUACACCUAAGAAAGAAGUUGACUAGUUUUAAUGUUUUAACCCACUUACUAAAUUCAUUCAAAUACACUGAACAAAAAUAUGAAUGCAACAUGUAAAGUGUUGGUCCCAUGUUUCAUGAACUGAAAUAAAAGGUCCCAGAAAUGUUCCAUACACACAAAAUCCUUAUUUCUCUGAAAUUGUGUGCUCAAAUUUGGUUACAUCCCUGUUAGAGACAAUUUCUCCUUUACCAAACUAAUCCAUCCACCUGACAGGUGUGGCAUAUCAAGAAACUGAUUAAACAGCAUUAUCAUUACACAGGUGCACCUUGUGCUGGGGACAAUACAAGGCAACUCUAAAAUGUGCAGUUUUGUCACAACACAAUGCCACAGAUGUCUCAAGUUUUGAGGGAGCAUGCAAUUGGCAUGCUGACUGCAGGAAUGUCCAACAGAGCUGUUGCCCCAGAGAAUGUAAUGUUAAUAUCUCUACCAUAAGCCGCCUCCGUCGUUUUAGAGAAUUUGACAGUACGUUCAACCGGCCUCACAACCACAGACCACGUGUAACCACACCAGCCCAGGACCUCCACAUCCGGCUUCUUCACCUGCGGGAUCGUCUGAGACCAGCCACCCGGACAGCUGAUGAAACUGGACAGCUGAUGAAACCGUGGGUUUGCACAUCCAAAGAAUUUCUGCACAAACUGUCAGAAACCAUCUCAGGGAAGCUCAUCUGCAUGCUUGUCGUUCUCACCAGGGUCUUGACCUGACUGCAGUUUAGUGUCGUAGCAGACUUCAGUGGGCAAAUGCUCACCUUCGAUGGCCACUGGCAUGCUGGAGAAGUGGGCUCUUCAUGGAUGAAUCCUGGUUUCAACUGUUGGCGAGCGGUUUCCUGAUUUCAACGUUGUGAACAGAGUGCCCCAUGGUGGCGGUGGGGUUAUUAUAUGGGCAGGCAUAAGCUACAGACAACGAACACAAUUGUAUUUUAUCAGUGGCAAUUUUAAUGCACAGAGAUACCGUGACGAGAUCCUGAGGCCCAUUGUCGUGCCAUUCAUCCGCCACCAUCACCUCAUGUUUUCAGAUUUGUACACAAUUCCUGGAAGCUGAAAAUGUCCCAGUUCUUCCAUGGCCUGCAUACUCACCAGACACCCAUUGAGCAUGUUUGGGUGACGCCCUGGAUCGAUAUGUACGACAGCAUGUUCCAGUUCCCGCCAAUAUCCAGCAACUUCGCACAGCCAUUGAAGAGGAGUGGGACAAGAUUCCACAGGCCACAUUCAACAGCCUGAUCAACUCUAUGUGAAGGAGAUGUGUCGAGCUGCAUGAGGCAAAUGGUGGUCACACCAGAUACUGACUAGUUUUCUGAUCCACGCCCCUACUUUUUUUUAAAGGUAUUUGUGACCACCAGAUGCAUAUCUGUAUUCCCAGUCAUGUGAAAUCCAUAGGUUAGAGUCUAAUGAAUUUAUUUAAAUUGACUGAUUUCCUUAUAUGAACUGUAACUCAGUAAAAUCUUUGAAAUUGUUGCAUGUUGAGUUUAUAUUUUUGUUCAGUGUAGAAUACAACUAGGCAUAAAUGACUUGGAGCACUUUCAUUCUUGGUCAUGUGAGACCAUACAGAUCUGUUUUGUUACUCUAUACUUCUGAACCGAAUACAGUAAGAUCUGCCCAUUGCCUUAAAGUCUAGCCAACCCUCUCUGUCCGGUCCACUCCCCCAGGUCUGGAGGAUUAUCUCCAGCGCUACAGAGAGGGCAUGAAGAGGGUUCUGAACGCCUUUGGACCUGUUCCCGAAUUCUCUGGGGAGGCAGCCGAGUGCAUCAACAAAGUAGGCUUAUGUGUUUGUGUGUUGUACUGUUUGUACUAACUCCUCUAGAUUCUAGGACUAGGUCAAAUGGCUUCAGAUUUUGCUCAUCAAGUACAAGAAGGUAUGAAAAACUGGGUUAGUUCAAAGAGGGCAAUGUUAACAUUUGGAACAUUAAGUCCAGCGAGCUCAAGGGCGAGCAUUCUACAGUUUUCCCCCUCUAGUACUAUAUCCUGUUAACUAGACGUUACUUAAUCACAUGCCGUCAGGCUGUUCAAACCUCAUUCUCCACACUCCGAUGGAAGCCGUCAUGUGAGAACACCCUGACCAUAAGCGUAAAAUAUUUCACAAGCGUAAAAUAUUUAAUAUUGGACCGAUUUUAAAUGCAUAUAAUUGCAGAGGUUCCCAAAGAGCUCUAUGCGUACCCCUGGGGGUUCUUUCCCAGGUCCUCGAGUCUUGGUUCAUCCAGCCAUGCACUGCAGAAGUCAUAGUAAAACUGCUUUUAUACUAUUUUGAUCGCACUCUAAAGUAGGAGUUGUGUUCUGAUAUUAUGAGGGGGUCCCUGAUGAAUUUGCUAUCACAAAAGGUGUCCCGACGCUGUAACCGCAGACCAUGUGUAACCACGCCAGCCCAGGACCUCCACAUCCUGCUUCUUCACCUGCGGGAUCGUCUGAGACCAGCCACCGGACAGCUGAUGAAACUGUGGGUUUGCACAACGGAAUAAUUUCUGCACAAACUGUCAGAAACCGUCUCAGGGAAGCUCAUCUGCGUGCUCGUCAUCCUCAUCAGGAGAUGUGUCGCGCUGCAUGAGCCAAAUGGUGGUCACCAGAUACUGACUGGUUAUAUGAUCCACGCCCCUACCCUUUUUUUUAAGGUAUCUGUGACCAACAGAUACAUAUCUGUAUUUCCAGUCAUGUGAAAUCCAUAGAUGAAUGAAUUUAUUCCAAUUAACUGAUUUCCUUAUAUGAACUGUAACUCAGUAAAAUCUUUGACAUUCUUGCAUGUUGCAUUUUAUUUUUGUUCAGUGUAGAAUUAAGAGAAGAAACUAUGCAUUCUCUCUCUACUUGUCUCAUUUCCCUUUCUCUCCCUUCCUCCUCUGAUGUGUCCAUAUAGGAGAUGUGUGAGCUGAUCCCAGCUGACCAGCAGCACCUGUCUGCCAGGAGAGAGAGGAGGGACCAGCUUCUCAUGGGCCUGGCCAAGCUCAAGAAGUGACCCCAGGACUAUCACCACCACUGAUGAACAGGGUGGGGUGGGGGUAUGGGACUCUGCUGUCCAUCACUCAGCCAAAGAGCAUGGUGAUAAGAAUGACCUGAUCUCUCAGUGGUGCUUACACUGGGGAUGUUACUGAAUACUGUAGCCCUGAGUCCUCAAACACAAUCAAUCAACUCAUCUGGGAUGUUACAGUAGCCCUCACACACAAUAAACCAAUCUAGGGAUUGAUUACCAUGUCAUCUCAGAAAUCUAACCACCACAUGUUUUAUGCAAUCAACAAGUUGAUCAGACAAGGGAAUUAAUGGUUUGGUCAUACCACAAUGGCUUCUUGAAUUAUGUAUACGAAAUGUUAAUGUGAAAACCUUAUGGGAGAUUUUUUUAUUAAAAUUGUGAAUUUCUCAAGAAUGUUAAUACAUUUGAAUUUUUCCUUCACAAUAACACAGAUGCACAACAAACAGUGUUCUGUACUAUAUCUGGUAUUUUCCUUAGGUCUCCCAAAAGAGCAGAAUCGCUAGAUUGAUCUUCAGUCACCAUAACUUCAUGCCUACUUUGUUGUGGUAAUCUUGAUUUUACAGAGAAAGUUUACAUCAUCACUUGACCAAGCUGACUGUCUCAUGACGAUUUAGCCCUUGAUCAUGACUCUCAGU